AAAAAAAAAAAGCUUUUCCGCGUAAAAGCCCUUUGCACCAUCUUAUUCAUCUAGUUUGCUUGGGCUCGGGGCAAAAGGAGGAAGAAGCCCAUUAAAGUUAUUGUAAUACUUCUCCAGAGUGUGAUCGGUUGGCUCUACAGUUGUUCAGUUGAAGUAGUAACUUAAGAAGUAAAAUCAGGAUCUUCCUUUCUUCAACCUUUCCUGCUACUUCGGGAAAUCCUCAGUUGUCACUAAUCAAAUUCAACGACUUUUCUUCAUCAUCCAGGGUUCUGUGAACCUCAUAAUUCAUGAUUGAGUGAUGGAAAAUCCAAGUACGUCUACCAUGGUAAUAUCUUCAGAAUCCUUAGAGCAAACUGGGAAAUUAGUGGCAAAUGCAUACACGAGCGCGCCACAGCUUCCUCUGCAGCAAAGCCGGAACUCAUCCCAGGGUCCUGUGGCCAUACUUUGGGAUAUUGAGAACUGUCCCGUUCCUAGUGAUGUACGCCCGGAAGAUGUAGCUAUCAACAUAAGAAUGGCGCUGCGAGUCCAUCCUGUAAUUAGGGGAGCUGUGACACUGUUCUCUGCAUAUGGAGAUUUUAAUGCCUUUCCCAGGAGGUUAAGGGAAGGGUGCCAGAGAACUGGUGUAAAACUCACAGAUGUCCCUAACGGGAGGAAGGAUGCAGCAGACAAAGCCAUCUUAGUUGACAUGUUUCUUUUUGCUCUUGAUAACCCUCCACCGUCUUCCAUCAUGUUGAUCUCAGGAGAUGUUGACUUUGCUCCUGCACUUCACAUUCUUGGGCAACGUGGCUACACAGUGAUUCUUGUCAUUCCUUCUGGGGUAGGUGUUUCGUCUGCUCUAUCUAAUGCAGGUAGCUUUGUUUGGGACUGGCCUAGUGUUGCUCGAGGGGAAGGGUUUUUGCCUUCUGCUAAGACUUUUACUCCUCCUCGUGGGAAUCCCGCAGAUGUUGCUGCAUUUCUGGUGGGAUGUCAUAGAAAUGACAAUGCAGAUUGUCAAAAUGAAGAAGAAGCUAUAGUAUAUAGAGGAAUUUCACAAAGGUUUUAUAAUACUUGGGAUUUCUCAAUGGUAUCACAGUCUUUAGGUGAAUAUAACAGUAAUUCAAUUUCCAUUCCUGGUUUUCCCACAACAUUGAGGUCACACAGUCUGCCAUCUGGUUUCAAUGAAGUUUUGGCUGGAAAUCUUGCUCCUUGUAACCAAAAUGACUUGGUUUGGGUACAGCCUGGAGAUUUAAAUGGUUUAAAGGGACAGUUGGUGAAGUUGCUUCAAUUGUCUGGAGGCUGUUUACCUCUUCCUCGUGUUCCUGCAGAAUACCAAAAGAUUUAUGGAAGGCCUCUUUAUGUUUCACAGUAUGGGUCGUGCAAGCUUGUGAAUCUUCUCAAGAAAAUGGCUGAUACACUUGUUAUUGAGGGGAAAGGGCAAAAGAAACUUGUCUGUCUCCGUAACUCAAGAGGUGGACAAUGUGCACCUCCGGUGGUUUUGGCAAAGAAGGAAAGAAACGGAAAAGGUGCUCAGGAGGAUAAUGCUGAUGUAGUAGCUGUAGCUGGAUCUUCAGAUGAGUGUUCAGAAGAGGAAAGGGUUGUCAUAGAACAAGAUGAAAGGACAGGAGAUAAGUGCAGUUCAGGAAUGGCAGCUCAUUCUCAAAUGAAUAAUCAAAGCCUUGAAAAAUUCAAAUAUGAGCUUCAAGAAAUUCUUGUGAGCUAUUCUUGUAGGGUUUUCCUGGGUUGUUUUGAGGCAAUAUAUGAGCAAAGAUACAAGAGACAACUGGAAUAUCAGAACUUUGGUGUGAGUGAGCUGGGGGAGCUUCUAGAGAAGGUGAAAGAUGUAGUUGUGCUGCAAGAGGAACCAGUAAGCAAAAGAAAGUUUCUGGUUGCUAUUGGUGGCUAAAAUGGUUCUGCCUUCCUGCAGUUGAUGUUUUGCUGUCAUUUAUUUAACUAUAAUUCACGCCUAAGGUGAUAAUGUUGCUUUUGAAGAGGUCCUGUUCCUGGAGAUAGCUCCAGUAAGCAAAUGUUUGAGAUGCAACUGCUUUCCCGUUGACGUUGUUGAUAAUUCCACAAUCAAAAUUCUGUUGCAAUGGUUAAAAUCCAAUGAAGAUUUGCAUUCUUUCAUCUUAAUAGUCCAAUCUGAGUGUAGGAAAAGGAAGAAGCCAGUAACUUAUCCUUGCAGGUUGUGUUGAAAAGGACACUCUUUUAAGUGAACCUUCAGCAUUCAUGUCAGAUAAGUAAAAGAUGCAAGGAUUUUUGUCUAGAUCUCUAUCUGUUUCUCUUCAGCCAAAUAUUGGAGAAGUGCUAGAACGGCUAUAAAGUCUGGUUAAGUGGUGCAGCUCUCAGAAUCAGUCUCCAAUUUUGAGUUUCCACUUCUAGGUCUGUCCCGGUGGGGCCAGUAUACAGGGAGGUGCUGGAUAGAGAUCUGAGGCUGAUAGUUUUGGCUUUGAAACAAUGGCUACAACGAACUUUUUCCUUUCCAGCUGUAUACCAGGUGAACUGCCACAUGCACUUGGAAAUCUUAUAAUCUGGUUCAUGUCUAGGCCAUGUAUACUGGAGAACAGCCAGUCAUCUGUCAUCAGGAUAUGCAGUUGCUGCAUAUUUUGUAGCAUUAUGUGCUUUUGCUGAUCAUGUGGAGAUAUAUGUGUACUGGUUUUGCCAAGAAUGUGUCGUUUCUUGAGUAUCCACUGAUAUACCGGUACAUGCUGGCCCUUGAGAAGUUAGUUGAGGCAGUUUCAGUGAGCAUUGAGUGGAGCAGUUCGUAGUGCUUUGGUUAUUCUUCAUUAAGCCCCCUCCUUCAGCCUUUGUUCCUUUUUGCAUCUGCCUGCCUUUUCCCAUGUUUGGUGUGUUGGCUGGUUGUAUUAUGGUUUUUUCUUUGUUUAUUCAUCAAUGAAGCCUGGAUCAUGAAUAAGUGAUUGGUCACAUGCAUAAUUAUACAUUUUUAUUAGUUGCUGUAGAUAGAUGUGAUCGUCUCACUUGUCCUGUUCAAUUCUGGAUGAAGCAUGGACUCUUUGCUGAACAUCCUGUUUUAUUCUAUCGGAUUUUUGGAGCUUUAUCAAAA